AUUUUUUUUAAAUCAUCUCAUGCUUCCUUUAAUGUGUGCCGCACCAUAUUUAAAUUACCCCUAACUCAACCUUUAAUAAUUCUAUAUGCUUCCUACGUCAACGUAUGCGUUGCCAAUUCCAAUGAAAGAAACUUGUGAUUAGGCUUGUUAGUUUCCUGAGCCAAUUGAAUAAAAUGCUGUAACUAAUAAUAUGGAGAUUAUCGCAGAAUAAGAAUUGAUCUCUCUGUUAAGAUUCCUAUCGAAGAACAUUUCUUUACUCUAAGACUCAGUGUUUGAAGAGUUUGUAUAAGAAAAUUUAAAAGUAUUUUGCAUUUUGAUUAAUUAGACACUCUCCUCAUUUUCGAAAGACAUACCAAACAUGAUCAAAAAGCGCUAUGUUUAGGUUAACAAAACAAAAGAGGAAAUGACGAAGUUUAUUAUAAGAAGAUGUUUUCUAUUCAUAAAAAGUCAAAUUGAAUACGAAGAAAAAGAGGGAAUGUCAGCUGAAGAGAGAGAUAGACUCUUUUAUCAUUCCUUUUUCUCAGGUGACAAGGAAUUUAUGAAGACUCUCAAUCAGGAAUCAAUAGAUGACAUGAUACCAUUUAGAAAGGACUCCAAAAUGAAGACUAUGAAUGAAACCUAUCUAAGGAAAUUAUUUGCAUCAGAGAGAUUUUCCUCUUUCUAUACAAAAUUUCUAUGUAAAAAUUCACAAUAUCAUUAGCUUCAUUCAAUGAGAUCUGCAUUCAUGAAAAUGAUGAAAAAAUCGAGAAUAUGACUAAACAGAUUAUUAAAAUUAUAAUCACAAGAGAUUUUGGAGUAAUAUUUAUCUUAUAAUUAACAGAAAAUUAAAAGUUACAGACGAUUCCCUUGGAAAGACCAUGAAAUACUUAAAUGUGAACAGAGAGCCAAAGAAAUCUACUCCAAAUAUUCUAAUUAUUCAAGUACUUCAUAUCUUCAUCAUCUAGAAGCCAAUACAAAGAAUAAGUAUCUUUCAAAACUAGAUUCGCAUACACUGGACAUUUUGGAAAAAUUCUCUGAAUCUUCAGAAUGAAAUAUAUAUGAAAAUUAUAUAUAUAUAUAUAUUUU